AUGCGUAUGCUCAAGGAACAAGAUCAGAACGAAAUAGAAGUAACAUGGAUUGAUCAACAAGCCAUCAAUUCCUUCUCCCGUCUCAACUCGACCUAUUCGGACAUCGAACAUGAUCUCUCUCUCAAAAAGGAACAACUUGAAUCACUCGAGGAUUUAAGUAUGGAGUUGGAAUUGGCAGAUGAAGAUGAACCCGUCAUGUAUAAAGUUGGAGAUGCAUUUGUAAGCUUACAGCACGAACAAGCUAUGGAGAGGCUGGACAAGGAUAAAGAGGCAGUGGGAGAAGAGGUAAAGGAAUUGGAAGGCAAACUGGAGCAGUAUGAAGAAGAGAUGAAAGGGUUGAAGGUGAAACUCUAUGCCAAGUUCGGUGACAACAUCAGUAGGUAA